AUGUGCCGUAUCAUCAGAAGACUUUUAUCUCAGCUCCUUCCUCUACCGAAUAAGGCAUCCUCUGUAGGAAAGGAGUAUAGCAUGAGUUCAAAUUUCAAUGGAAUGUCUACCUGUAUAACAAAUAAUGUUAUGUCAGCCAUUUCAAGACAUCAAAUUUUGUCAACCACGUAUGAAUAUCUAAGUACAGGAAAAAACCUUCAGAAGAUGGUGGGUUCUGUUUAUAGAAAUAUUGUGCAAAUGUCUGACUCUCCUCUUUCAAUACAGAAAAGUAUAGUCAGCCAAAGCCCAAUUAUGGUUGACCAAACAGCCAGUUUCAUUAUCCAAGAGAUUAUUGAAAAUCAUCUUCAACCAUUUUGGAGUGGAGAAGGUUUACCUAAUCCAAGGACUCCAUUGUAUGCAGCAUCACCUAUGGUUAAUCAGGUUCUCAAUGAAGUCACAGAGUCACCUGGACCCCAGAUGCCUUCACCCUUAUGUACUGACCCUGAUACUUUUGUUGGGGAAAUUGUUGCCAGACUUUUAUCAAAGGUUUUCGGUCCAAAGCGUAACACUGAAAUUGAGCUGGAAAAUAUGACCCCAAAAAUAGUAUGCUCUAUAAAUAACCAUGUGGACAAAGCCAAAGUUCGCAUUCUAUGUGAUGAUAAAGAGCAGCCUUACCCUUCUGUAGAUACAGAUAUUGUGGAUUAAGUUGUCACCUCAGUUUAUAGAAAUGUUUUAAAACAGCAUGGGCUAGACCCUGAGGUUUGUAAAGAGUCUGAAGACACUAGUACUUUUGCAGACAAUAUUGCCAAUUUAAUCAUAGCAGCUAUUUCACGUUACUUUCUUCAUCCACUGUUCUCCGGGGAUUUGUCCUCACCUUCCUGUUCUAUUUCAACCGCUAAAAAUAUUGUUCCGGACAGCCUUAGUAACAUCAGUAAAUCUACCAAGCCAUGUCAGAGUUUAUUUCCAUAUAACACCUUGCUAUCAUACACAUUUUUAGAAGACGUGACCAGAGUACUAUUAUCUAGAAUCUUUUCUUCUGAAUCUACCAUUGUCCAAAGAAACCACCAAAGACAGUCAAGAUUGAAUUUCAAUGAAAUUGCUUCAAAUACGAUCACUGACAUUAGGACAAAAAUUUCCCAACAUGAAAUUCGAUUUUCAAAAAAUAAAGAAGAAACCAAGUUUGUUUAUUCAGAAGAUGAUGUUCAGCAUCUUGUUGACAAAGUAUUAAAAAAAAUUUCACAAAACUCUGAGUCUCAAGAAUUAGUUGAGCAAAACAUCACAACCGAUGAUGAUGUUCUUAUUGAGAGAGUAGCAGGUUUUAUCAUUAAACAAUGUCAGCAACAUCUUCAGCCAUUUGUGGAUGGAAAGUCAUUACCUUGUUCAUAUACAUAUUUUGGUGAAGAAAGGAGGCAGUGGUUUUAUGUAAAAGAUUCAGAAAAUGAACUGUUUGAUAAAGCUGAAAAAGUCAUACAUUCGAUAGCAGAGGCAUUCUCAAAAGCUCAAGUUAGCAUUCUAGAGAAUGCUGAGAAACAAUUGUGUUUGCCUCCAGUGGAGAGAGGCAUAGUUAAAAACAUUAUUGACACAGUGCAUAGCAAAGUUCUACAAGAAUAUGAAAUGGAAAUAAUGCCCAAUAAAGAUUUUCUACAUGACACAGGGACACUGGCUGCAAGGAUAACCAAAAUCAUCCUGGCUGAAACUUUUGACUUCCAAAUUCAUCCAAAUCUUAUACAAAAGCUUCCUUUUAAGUCUCACUCCAAACUCAGUACUAAUGUUUUGAUAAAGAGAGUUCAGUGUGAUAUCACUAAAUCGAGAUACCAAAGACAAGCUUCAUCAACAUACACUAUGUUAACACAUACUCAUUUCAAAACAAUUGUCACUAAGAUUUAUAAGAUUUAUCUGAGCUGUGUCCCUUGGCCUCCAGUACAGAACACCCAGAUUACUUCUCAAUCAGACAAUACAGUUAUGAAACUGAUGAAUGAAAUCAUGUCAGUAAUUUCAACACAUGCAAUAUGAACAAUUAAACACGGGAAUGAAAAAAAAUGUAUGAUUUCAGAAAAAGAGUCUAUAGUUGAUGCCAUUUAUGCUGAUCUUUCUUAUUCAGAUCUAUACCAGUCUCUUACAAAAGUUAUAUGUAUAAGUAACAUACCUGUUUCAAAAAUAGCAAGCUUUGUAAUAAAAGAAAUUUUUAACCACCAUCUUUAGUCAUUUUUAUCUGCAGAUAAAACCUUAGCUGCAGUUGAGCAAAUUUAUAAACAGAAAGCAAUAGAUCCUAAACAAGGAGAGUUGUCUUUCAUUGUGAACUCAGCUAUCUUUGUAGAAGAAGUAAUUUCUGAGCCUUUAUGUAAACCCCUUUAUGCAUUCUCACAUAAUGUCUUGGCUGCUGAAAACCCAGACACAGUAAAAGCCAAAAUUACUGGCAUUGUUACAACAUUAGUAAAAUGAAUUGUUCUGGAAAUCACCACAUCAGAGAUUUUAUUUGUAGAGUACUUUGAUGGUGACACGUGCUCUUCAGAAGGGUUUAGAGAAAUGGUACAGAAACCAGUCAACCUAAUUUAUGAAAAAAUAUUACAUGACUAUAAAUCUCUGAUUCAAGUACAUUAUUGGGCUAUACAGAGUGACACUAUUUGUUUUGGAAGGAAAAUAUAUCAUUUGCUAUUGGAAGAAAUUUAUGAUUAUCAGGUACAGUCAUUAGUUCCAGGAGAAUUAGUUCCUUCUUCCGAUUCUUCCCCUCAAGCUGAUAAUAUCAGAAAUGUACUCAACUUUAUCAUGAAGGAUAGCCAUACAUGCGUUACUGUGCUGCCUCAUCCUCUUUUAGAAGAUAUGAUUUACAAGCUUCCAGUGCACAUCUUCCCUUCAACUGAAGCUGACAGUGAACCAGAAGAGGAAGAAGUUUCACCAGAUUAUGAGUUUGUGGAUGCAGAUUCAAAACUGACUGAUGAAAUUAUCAAAGAAAUUUCUGAAUAUGAGAUCCAUCUUGCUACAGCAGAAGAGAAUGCAGAAAGUAUACAGUUAGAAGUGACUGAGAAUUUGGUUGACUCUAUAUGUAAUAAUAUUUUUUAAAAAUCUGAAUUUCAAGCUGAAGUACAGGAAGAUGCAAAGAAAAAAGGAGGCUCAUUCCUCAGUAAAAUAGCUGGCUUCAUUAUGAGGGAGAUCAUGGAUCAUCAUUUGCAGCCAUUUGUACAUGGUAAAGAGUCAUCUUCCAGGGACUCUGAUUAUGACCAGGUCUCUGUACUUUCUAAACCUGGUAAAGAAAAGAUACCACCUUCUCUAUAUUCAGCUACAUUUCUGGAAGAUGUAAUCAUUGACUUUGCUCACAAAUUUUAUUCUCUUCAAAGCGUUACUGAAGAUUCUAAGAAAAUACAAAUGCCAGAACCAGACAUUGUGGACUUCGCUAUAAAAUUUGCAGACUGUCUGACAGGAGAAUUAAGGAAAAGUGAAAUUAAAGUUCUACCAAAUGCUGAAGAAGUGUUUUCUUUUCCACCAAUUGAUAAAGAGACAGUUGAUAAGAUCCCCGAUUUUGUGCAUAAUCAAUUCAUAGCAAACUAUGGAUCUAAUGAUGUUCAGAAGGAUGAUAAAAAUAACAUUGCUAUAGAAAUGUCUGCUUUAGCCCAGAAGGCAAUCUCUGCAUUCAAAAUUCAACCACUUUUUUCAGGAGAUGGGUCUUCUACCUUCUUUUCAUUUCUAAAUCCAGAUAACAUCACCCAGAGGAUUCAAUGCCUAACAGAGAAAAUUUCUACACCAGUAAACAGAUGCUUAAAAGGGAACCAACUUGCUUUACCAACACAAUCAUAUAAACAUACUUCUCUAAAGUCAGACCAGAAAAAUUCACUGAACACAUUGGAAAGAGAUAGAAGUGCAAUGAGUAGAAAGAAAGGUUUCAAAGGUGAGGAGACAUCAAUGAAAAAAGGCAACAUCCAAGAUCUGAUAGUUACCGCUAUAGCUGGAAUCAUGAAAAAUAAUGUGGUUAACCUGUUAUCAGAGUCAGCUGCAGGUGUGGCAGACAAAAAGAAGGAAAAUUAAAUGGGAAUUUCAUUAAAAAAAUACAAUGAGAAUAUAUCAAAAGUUACUUCAACUACUAGUAUGAAAAGUAAAGAUACAAAAGGACCCAGACUUAAGACUAACACAUAAAAAUAAAGACACUGAGAAGAAAAGUACAUAGCUCCAGAAUCUGAGGAAAGCCAAGGUAAUGAGGCACACACACAAUUUCCAGCAGCUACUAAUGAUAUAGAACAUGAGGAGAAACCUGGAGCAGAUUUUGAAACAGACAGCGAAAAGAUUAACAGACUAAGAGAAAAUUCAUUAAAAAAAGGAGACAAGCUCUUUCAUUUAUCUUCUUUGGCAUCUAAAGUGAGAAAUACAGAGACCACAACAGAGAAAAUUUUGAAAGCAGGUACCCCAAAAACAAAUGGAGUGGAAAGACAAGCCUCUACAUCUCAAAUAGCUGUAAAUGAGGAACAAUAUUCAGAUUACGAACAUGUUCAAAAUAUCAUUGAAAAUACUUAUGAUGAUAUCUUAGAAAUAUAUCAUUCUCAAGGAUCCACAGAUGAUUCACAUGUCCAAAGUCCCCGUGAUAGGUCACUGUAGGUAAUUCAGGAGGUUGGCAAGGAUACUGCACAGUCUGUUUCAACAAAGGAUCUAUACCUCUCAAUUAGCAAAAAUUUCCCUGCCAUAGAGAAAGAGGAGAGAAAGAGAGAGAAAGAGAAAUUGAAAGUAAAGGAGAUUAAAAUUGAACCUAGUAAAACAAAUACUUAUCAGUACCAACCAAAACAUAAACCUGGAAUUUUUCCUGCUAAGUUUUUAGAAGAUAUUAUCACUGACAUGAUUAACAAAUUGACCUCUUCCUCAACAGAAACACAAAUGUGUGAAAGAUGUCAAAAUGUAAGUGAUGAUGAAAAUCAAAUGGAACUGUAUGAAACAGCUAUGAAACUUAUUGAUUCACUGUUAAAGGAGUUUUCAGAUGCUCAAAUUAAGGUAUUUAGAACAGAUCCGGAAAAUCAGUAUCUUCCAUUAGUAGAAAACAUGUCAUCAUCAGUUCCUAAAGUACUUUCCGGGCAUAAAGAGUCAACUCAAGAAGCAUCACCUAGCAUUAAGAAAACUGUGAAUAAAAUUCCACAUAUACACAAAAUGACUAAAAACUCCUCCUUAAACAAGAUACCUGUCCUAAAUAACAUACCAGCAAUCGAUCAAGCCAAUCGAUUGGUCAACGAAGUUGUUCACUCUUCUGUAUGCAAUAUUUUGAAGGAAUAUAGGUCUCAAGACUCCAUUCGUAAGACUAUAAAAACUAAUGGGGAAAGUAUAGCAAGACAACUAACUAGUGCACUGAUAAAUGAAAUUUUUCAACAGUAGCUUAAUUUUAUAUUUUGUGAUGAGAUUCCACCUUUAGCAUGUUUGCCUCUCGAAUCUAAGGAUUUUGUUAAAAAGAUCCAAAAAGUGGUUAAAAGAGCCAGCAAAGAAUGUCAGGCAUUGUCACCAUAUACCGUCAUGCUGCUUCAUGAAUUUUGAGAGAAUGUGAUUUCUGCUCUCUUAUCUAAAAUUUUCUCAACUGUGUCUAACACCAAAGCAGAAACGUCUGAGGGCAAAGGGUUCACAGAACAGGAUUUCCUUCAAAUGAAGUUAUUAAACAUUACAACAGAGAUCUCCAAACAUGAUAUGAUUAUACAGUAUGUGGACUCCUUAUAUCCCAAUGAUGAUGAAAUUAUUCAAUCAGUGGUUCAUUCCAUUUAUAAUAAUCUGUCACAGUAUGGGUCACAAGAGAUUAUACAAAAUUGUGUAUCCAGUGGAUGCAGAAUCCCUUCUGCGGGAGUCCAGCUCCAGCCUAGGGGUGGGAUGCCUGAAGAUGCAGGAUGGAGUUGGCGUAUGGAGAGACAGGACACGGAGUCAAUAAAUAUGAGAGAUGCCCUCUCAAAAAAAAAAAAUUUAAAUUCAAUACAAGAAUUUAUCUCCAAAAGUAAGAUAAAACUUGUAUCACCAGCCAAGGAAUUGCCUACUGUACCUUCAGCUGACAAUGAAACUAUUGAAAAAAUAGUUAACUCGAUUUAUACUAGUGUUUUAAAGCACUCUGGCUCACACACCUCUAUAUUGAAAGAUUUAAUGGGUAAGAGCUUGGCCCUUUCUGAUAUAAUAGGUUUUUUAAUGGUGAAGGAAAUUUCCAAUUCUGAAUUUCAACCUAAAGUGGAGGAAGAAGUAUCAAAGUCAGAAUUAGUUUUGGAAGCUGUCAAAAUUAUGGAAAAAGUGGUCAAAAGUGUUGAUAAGUUUAAGUCCCCCAUCCAAAAAAGGUCUAUGUUAGAUACUACAACUUUAGAGGAAGCUUUGGCUUUGUUCUUGGCUAAAAUUGUAACAUUGCCAAGUGUCUCAAGCAAAGAUGCAAAAAACUUGUCAAAGCCUGAGUUAAAUAAAAUUGCACCUCAACUGACAAAAUCUGUGGCAGCUGAAAUUUCCAAAAAUAAUAUUAAUCUUGUUUCUGCUGAUCCUGAAGAACACUUCUGAAAUCCAGAAAGCAUAGAAAUCAUUUCUCAGGUUACUGAUUCUAUUUAUAGUGAUAUACUGCAACAAUCUGGAGCCCAUAAAGAUCUUUAUUACAACAUAAAAGGUACAAACAGAGCCUUCCCGAAGAAAGUGGCUAGUUUGAUUAUUAAUGGAGUUUCAAAUCUUCGAUCAGAUACAGUUAGGUUAAAGAAUUCAAGUGCUGAUCUCUUUGGAGAUCAAGCCAUUAAUAGAACACAGAAGUAUGCUAACUAAAUGAUCCCUGACUUAGAAAAAGGAGAGUCGGAUCGAGAUUCAAUUGAAGAUGAGUCACCAAUUAAAAUAGUCCCACUUAUUAGGAAGAGACCAGUCAAAACAGAUCCUGACAUUAUCUCAGAACACUUAGCAGUAAUUUUGGGGAAAACUCAACCUCUUGAAAAACUUGAGAUGGACUGUUUAAGAAAAACUGGACAUAGCAUAGAAGAGCUAAGAAGUGCAUCAAUAAAUGGGAGAAGUGUCUCUUCUUCAGACACAUCUAAUUUAGGAAAGAUAAAGAAAGGAACACAUACUUCAUUGACUAAGACAGGACGAUUGGAUUUAAAAACCCUAGAGGUAUAUGGAAAUGCAUUUUUUCUUAUUGCCCCGCACUCUAUGAGAAUUGGUUACACUUGUUCAUCCAUAAAGUCAUGUAACUUACUGGGACUUGCCACAUCAGCUCUGUGGCUCACUCUCAAGGUCUCAGGCUAG